AAUCAGUGGAUUUUGAGCUUCUCUUCACUCAAAUCUAGGCCAGAUUUUGCUUCUCUCCUCGCAUCUCCAUCGUUGAUCGGUAGAAUCGAGUUGUUUGGAGUAAACUCCGCCAAGACGUUGAGUAGCCGACAGUCAGCAUAAAACAUAAUCGGAUCUUCGUGAUAUGAUACAAUACAGGAGUAUGGGGAUACUGCUCCUAGAGGAGCUUUGUUCUUCCCGAAUGUGAAUUUUGGUGGCAAGAUGAAUGGAUAUCAGAACAGAAAGGGGCAGGACCUGCAGAAACCGGCCGCAGGUUGCAUGGGAAGGAUGAUCAAUAUAUUUGAUAUGAGCACUGGAAUGCCAAGAAACAAGCUCCUUACUGAGAAGCCACAUCAAGAUGCAGGAUCUCUGAUUCAUGGAAAUCGGGCAGAUGUGGUGAAGCAGAAAGCAAUGGAUAACUUUGGAGUUCAGAAAGAAUAUAAGACAAUAACCACUAAUAUGUGGAAGAGUUCGAGCAAAAAAUCCUGUGGAACACCAAUGAAGAUGCUUAUAGCACAGGAGAUGUCGAGAGAACCACAGUCUAAGCAGAAUCCAUCUAAUGUCAUUGCUAAAUUAAUGGGGCUUGAAUCGUUGCCAGUGCGCCAGUCAGUUUUAAGUGUCAGAAGAAGCUCACAAGACGGCUAUUUACACCACUUUUUAUCAGCACAGUCUCGGGGUUACUGGGAGCAAGAAGAUAGCUCCUGUCCUAACAGCUUGCAAUUGGACACCAAAGUAUGUGCCCAUAAGGUUGAAUGCAAAGAUGUACACGAAGUUCAGCAGCAACCAUCAAGAAACACUCGUUUCAAGGAUAAACCUUCGCCAAAUAGAAAGCGAGAUGGAAGUCCUACAGAAAAGAGAUUGUCACUUGUUUACCAAAAGUUCAAUGAAGCAAAGCGUCUCGCUACGGAUGAAAAGCUUCUCCAAUCAAAGGAGUUUCAAGACGCACUUGAGGUUCUUAAUUCUAAUAGAGAUUUGUUUCUCAAGUUUCUUGAAGAACCAAACGCGAUACUCUCAAAAAACCUUGUUGAGUCCCAAACUAGGCCUCCUGCAUCCCAAACUAGGCGCAUUACUGUAUUGAAACCAUCAAAAGUGAUGGAGGCAAAAGGUGAAGCACUAGAGAGAAGACUUCUACGUCCUGCUUUGGAAGGCACUGAUUGCGUAAUUAGUGACAUAGGCAUAGAACGAAGGACCGAAAAAAGCUCAAGUUCUGUUCAGGCUGAAAAUAUAUCUCAGCCUACCAGGAUAGUGGUCUUGAAACCUAGUCUUGGAAUGCCUCAUGAAUUGAAGUCAGGGCUAACUUCUCCUGUUACUUUAUCAAAUUUAUCGGAACAUAGAAGUUUCGAUGGAUGUUUAGGGCCUGAUGAAGUGACAGAAUCUAGAGAUAUAGCCAAGGAGAUCACACGCUGUAUGCAAGAAUAUGUGAGCGGUAACCAGGUGGACGAGAUCCUGCUACCUCCGGCAUUAUCAAACGGGUAUGUUGGAGAUGAGAGCUCUUUGAAUGGAUUGGAAACUAACUACAUCAAAGAAGAGUGUACUAAUUUAAGUGAUUCAGAGUCUGUGACUCCGAUUUCACGGCAUUCUUGUGAUUAUAACUACAGAUUAGGCAGUCCUCACUCAAUAUCAUCUUUUAGUCAGGCAUUUUAUUCGCCUGAACCAUCUGUAAUCAAGGAAGCCAAGAGACGGCUCUCAGAGAGGUUGGCUGCGGUGUUUUCUAAAGAAAUCAGUCAAGAACAGUCACAAAUGCAAAAAACCUCUAGCACUCUGGGUGACAUGCUUGCAAUUGGAGUAGUACAGAUAGAAGAAAGGGCUAAUAAUUUGACUAUCUCAAGCAGAAGGUCAUACGGUGGAGAGCAAGAUCAGAGGGAAUCGACACCACAGAUGGAAGGCUGCACCCAGGACUCACCGAUGAACCUAGAAAGGUCAAAAUCUCUUCCAAUAUCUUCUUCAGUUUAUGAAACCGUUGAGUUGAGUGAAGAAGUUUCAGAGUCUACUAUUAACAAAUCCAUAAUACCAAAAGAGGCUGUUGUUAAGUCGAAGAGUGGGAUGUCAUCUUUCAAGGGGAAAGUUGCGAGUUUAUUCUUGUCUAGAAUUAAGAAAGCAACUAGGGAGAAACCUAUUCCUUCUUGCUUUUUGGGUUUGGACCAUUCUGAGGCUUCUGGGGAGAGAAAUACUGCUUCAUCAGGAUCUUUUAAGCAUUGUGAUUCUGAGGGAAAGACUGAAAAUGUUUCCUCUUCUUCAACUUCUUUGAAUAGGCCAAAGCAUUGUACUCCCUCACCAAAGGCUCCUCUCUUGUUAGAAAAAUCCAGGCAAGCUGAUAAUUCGAGAGAGAAUCAGGACCAGCCUAGCCCCAUUUCAGUUUUAGAAGCACCAUUUCAAGACGAUGCAAACAGUAGCAUAUGCCAACCAUCGGCUAGCAUCAUUUCAUGCCAUCCACAAGCACUAUCGAGGUCUCCACCUAUUGGUUCUAUUUCACGUACACUAGCAUAUGACAAUCCUCGAGAUAUACCACUAGAAAAUUCAUCGAAACCCUCCAGAGCUUUGUCCAAGGAAUGUGAAGAGCAAGAACGGUCUACACUCAUCAAGAAGUUACUCUCAUCUGCCAACUUAUUAGAUAGUUCAGAAUGCAGCAAUGUUUUAGCUAGGUGGUAUUCACUUGAUAGCCCUUUAGACCCAAUUCUACUUGAAGAGUUCUUGGAUAGAAACCAGCGAUUGCUAUUUGAUUGUGUCAAUGCUGCUCUCUUGUCAAUAGGCCGGACUACCUUAUUGACAAGUUAUCAACGGAAUCAACGGACCACAUCCUAUGGUUGGCCAUUGAAGGAUCGGCAAGCCUGUUCUACUGUAUCAGAGGAGGUGUUGAAAUUGGUGGAAGAUUGGUUUUCAUUUGAAGAAAGGCAAGUUUUUGAUGAAACUGAGAACCGAAACAUAGUAGUCGACAAAUUGGUGAAGGGAGAGAUUGGAGGAAGAGGAUGGGCCGAGUCGAUCAAAAGUAACAGCUACUAA